CGCCCGAGGGUCGUGCACCGUCCGGCUGCCCCCGCCUCCUUCCGUCCGAGUGGCGCUCUCCCGCGGCUGCGCCAGCCGGGCCGCCCCGGAGACAAAGCGCUGCCGCUGCCGCCGCAACCGAGCGGGUCCCGGGCCAUGGCCGGGCGGCCCCCCGGCCCCGCGCCUCCCGUCCCGCCGCCGCCGCCGCCUCCCUAGGCUGCACGGCGAGGUAUUUGAGCACCAACUGCAUGCCGGGCACUGGAAUUCAGGCAAAAACCCCCUGUCCUCCUAGAGUAGGCAAAGAUGACCCAGAUGUGGAAACAGAGGCCCAGAGAAGCUUAAAGCUUGUCCAGGGUCACACAGCCUGGACACUACAGAGCUGACGUUUGAACCCAGAGAAGAGCAAGCCGAUACCAGACUGGGCAGAGGGCAGGGAGGCAAGCAGUGGCCUGCAAGGCCCCGGCGCGGCCGCCAUGAAGCUGAACGAGCGCAGCCUGGCCUUCUACGCCACGUGCGAUGCCCCGGUGGACAACGCGGGCUUCCUGUACAAGAAGGGCGGCCGGCACGCGGCCUACCACCGCCGCUGGUUCGUGCUGCGCGGCAACAUGCUCUUCUACUUCGAGGAGCCGGCCAGCCGCGAGCCCGUGGGCGUCAUCAUCCUGGAGGGCUGCACCGUGGAGCUGGUGGAGGCCGCCGAGGAGUUCGCCUUCGCCGUGCGCUUCGCGGGCGCCCGGGCGCGCACCUACGUGCUGGCCGCCGAGAGCCAGGCCGCCAUGGAGGGCUGGGUGAAGGCGCUGUCGCGGGCCAGCUUCGACUACCUGCGGCUCGUGGUGCGCGAGCUGGAGCAGCAGCUGGCCGCCAUGCGGGCCGGGGACUGCCCGCCGCCGCCGCGCCGGCCCCGCGCGCUCCCGCCCAAGGAGAACGGCUGCGCCGUGUGGAGCGCCGAGCCGCCGCCCCCCGCCCCCGCCCCCGCCGCCGCCGCCGCCCCCGCCCCCGCCCUCGGGCCCGCGGGCGCCGCCGGCUCGCGGCCCGGCCCCGCGCCGCCGCCCCUGCCGCCCCUGCCUCCCCGGCGGCGGGCCUGGACCCCCAAUGGGCCUCCGCACGCCGGCUCCUUUGCCCGGCUGCACGAGUGGUACGGGCAGGAGGUGAGGGCGCUGAGGAGCCAGUGGCUCGGGGGCCGGGCCCAGCCCUGAAGAGCUGAGCGGGGCGGGCCAGCCCUGCGCUCGCCCCGGGGGGCGCUGGUUCUGGAGGGAGCGCAGCCCCAGGCCUCGCCCUGACAGCCCCUGCCCUGGGAGAUCGGAGGGGUGGGGUGCGGGGGCCUGGUUUCCGGGCCCCGGCUCUGAGAAGAUGCUGGGUUCCGAGGGGUGCGUUAGGACUUGUGGGACUCAGAGGGGGCCACGUGCCGCUUCUGCGGAGCAUCCAGGGCCUCGUAUCCAGAGAACUCGGGCCGCACGCCCCGCCAGAGUCACCCAGCAAAGGCCUGUUGCUGGUAACAGGCGCCCCGCUGGGGUGACUGCGACCACGGGAGGAUCUGGGGCCUGAAAAUGCCGGGUCAGCCCUGGUCCUGGCCGCUCGGACUGGACCUGAACUUGGACAGACAGAAGCCUUGGCCGUGGGGCACCACACCUGGGCUUGACCUCCUUUUGCUCCGGGGCCUGGCUCCAGGCCGCCUGCCUGGCUCCAGAAGCAGGUGCAGAAGGCGGCGCAGGCGCAGGUUUUACUGCCUGACCGGUAUGGUGAGAUUGCCUGGUCCCAAGGGCUCUUGGCUUGGAGUGGGGUUGGAGGCAGGACUUUGCCCUGGGCCUCAGCCAGGCCUUGAGAAGGUACUGCAGGCACAGUAGUGCCCUCUGGUUUGGGCCAUGUCUGUGUCUCGGUGGUGGUUCUCACACGCCCUCCCAAUAGUCCUUAACCACUUCCUUCAGUCUCCUUCUGGAGCGGGUCUUCUGCCCCAGCCUGGGCUGGGGCCUCUCAGGAGCUCGCCUGACCUUGUCUAGUCCUGAGCUGGGCAGCUGUGGCCUGAGCUGACUUUCUAGCCGGGUUCCCCAGGGAUGGGUGGCCGGGAGCGGACUCACCUCCCAGAGAGGGCCUGGGUGCUGAUCUGGUACUGCAGAGGAACAGCUGCCAAGCUGUGUUUGGCUUCUGGAACCCCCUCCCUCCGCCACAGUCCCAGCCCACCUUCACCCCCAGUAUUCUGAUGGGGAGACCAGGUCUUGCUUUGCUUCAAGACCGACUGUUUUACUGUACUCACUCACCACAGUGGCCAUUCUUCGUCCAGGGAGAAUCUUCGGGGGCUGGGACACCCCUGGCCCUCAAGCUGGGUUAUGUUUACAGUUCUCAGUGCCCCACACUGGGGACCACUGAGGACACAUAUGCCCUAACCUGUAUUUCCCCAGAGGGUUCCCCUUGGUGACAGUGGGACUUGGUCCUGAGGCCCUUUCCUGCUGUCUUUGGAGACCCUGGGGCUUGGGGAAGAAUGAGGGGUGUCUGUGUGUGUCUACAAUCACCAGCUCACUGCUGGCUCAGUUGACUGGGGCUACAGUUUUAAUUUAAUUUUUAAUACUUAGGGUGUUUUCACUGCUUUUGUUUCUUGUUAGCUGGUGGGAGGGGAUGAGGUGCCCCAGCUCUGGGCUUGGCUGAGGGUUGGCACUGCCCCCAGGGAGAGGGUCAGGAGCCUUGGCUGAAGACAAAGGCACCUCAAGAAUCUCACCUGGUUCUCUACCUUCUUCCCAGCAAGUCCUGUUCUCCUGACAGAUGCCUCUGGGGUCUUUGUACGCUUCCCACCCCCCUCCUUUCCAAGUCCUGAAUGGAAGGGGUGGGGAUGGCUGCUCUCGUCCAUAGGCUCUGGGUCUCCAGGGAUGUUAGGAUCUGCCCAGAGCCCAUGUCCUGGCCACACCCAGCUGGUGGGGUGAGGUGUCGGCCCCCAUCCUGGUGCAGGUUUACAAGCUCUAUAAAGGUACAGUGCCUACCACUGCCCCCCUUAAGGCCCCACCCCCCAAAAAAGCACAAGAUGGGGUCAGGCUGCCUCCGGAGUUGGGUGGGGACAGAGAUAUCAGGCAGCCUGGGAGGGGGAGGCAAAGGCUAAAAUAAAAAAAUUUGUCAAGUGAUGGCUGAUUGUGUCAUUUUUCCCCAUCAGAAUCCUUCAUUGCAGAGCAGACCCUACAGGAGAAGUGACUAGUGUAUGCUGAGUGCCCAUGGCUGAUGCUCUGCCAGGCACAUUCUCAACCUCUUAUGGCAGAUAACAGCUCCAUUUUAUAGACGAGGGAACUGAGACUCAGGUUAAGAAAGCUGCUAAGUUCUCAGAGCUGAAAAAUGUCAGAGCAGGGACGUAAACACCUAGAAUCUUACGGAAGAAGGGCAGAGCCUUCCAGAGGAAUACCAGGGGGGAUGGAGUUGCCAAGUUCCUUUUCAG